AUGGGAAUUAUCGUGUCGGACCAGCCAAGAUGUUCUUCCCCUGUGGUGAUUUGGAGGAAGCCCCCACCUGGUUGGGUCAAGUUUGGUUCUGCUAGGGGUAAUUUAGGUGCAGCUGGGGGAGGAGGUGUUUGCAGGGGUGAGAGGAGUGAGUUCCUUUUUGCUUUUCACUCGGGCUAUGGCGUUGACUCCGAUACUCGAGCGGAACUUCUGGCGAAUCACGAUGGUCUUCAACAUUGCCUUUUGUUGGGGUACCCCAAUAUUCUUGUUGAAUUUGAUUCGCUCCUCGUCAUCAACUUCCUCUUGGGUCGCGCUGUCCCUGGUUGGAAAUGGAAAUGUUGGAUAGACAGAAUAAACCACCUCUCCAAGUCUAGAAAUAUAAAAUUUGUUCAUACUUUUAGAGAAGGAAACGGGCCAGCGGAUGCCCUCCCCAAGUUGGGGAGGGAAGGUCAAAGGAUGACUUUGGUUUUACUCCACGCCGACCUCCUACCGACAGUCCGGGGACUGCUCUUCUUAGACAGAUUGUCUUUAGGUUCAGUGAGGAGGGGGACUUAG